AUGACUCAAGACUUACGAGCACCUUCGUUCAUGGAACGGUAUCAAUUAUGUCGUGUUGAUAACAAGUACUACCCGAAUUUCAACGUCACCGUCAAAUAUGCAUCGUCAAUCAAUUCAACAGUGUUGGCGCAUGCGGUACAUAACAUCAUUGUAAAGAAUCCGCUUCUUGGAUGCAACUAUUUUAGAACCACCGAAGGCGAUGAUCAUAAUGAUUACAGAAACUAUUCCAUUCGUCCUAUAAAUAUCAAGUUUGAUGAUUUAAUUUCAGUACGAUCAGAGCCAGAGGAAACUUAUAUCAAUGAUGAAUUUUUUACCGAUUUGAACAAGAUCCAUUUCGAUAUAAAUGAAACCAAACCGUUGUGGAAAGUGAUACUUAAUGGAUCUUAUGUGACAAUUGUAUGUUCACAUAUCUAUUUCGAUGGUAAUAGUGGUUGUUUCUUUCAUAAGGAUUUACUUGAAGAGUUGAAGGAGUUAGAAAGUAUUGAGGAUCUGUUAGUGCCAUUGGAAUACAUUGUGAAAGCUGCUGAAAUUACUUCAGUGCCACCACCAGUUGACGCAACAACAACUUUGUAUUCAUUACCCAUUUGGCAAACUGUUAAGAAUGUAUUCAAAUUGGUGGUAGCUCCAGCAUGGUUCAAGCCACCUACAAAGUUACCUUUAUUUAAAACCACACCGAUUGUCGUUGAUCAAAUUAAUCAUUUUAAGGUUAUUCACAUAGACCCAACUACGCUCAAGUCAAUAUUAGCUCACGUCAAGUCAUUAAACACAACAUUGACACCAUGGUUGAUUGCAAUUACAUUUAGCCUGUUUCUGAAACUACACCCAAACAAUUCCUUUGAUGCUACUAUCCCAUUAAAUGGGCGUAGGUAUACCCCAGCCGACAAGUAUCAAGUCGUUGUUGCUGAAUCAACGGUUACACUUGAUCCACCAUUCGAUAUAGAAUCAACAACGUCAGCUAUAAAGACUCAAUUAUCAGCAGAAUUGGAAUCGCGUGAUCCAUUCAACCGUGUUGCAUUACUUAAAUAUGUCAAUAUAGGUAAUUUUGCCGACCAGAGAAUUGGAACUCAUGCAAGACAUACCAUGGAAAUUAGUAAUGUUGGUAAAUUACCGGUACCUCAAUGCUGGUUUAGUCAAGGAUGUGGGUUUUCAGCACAUUUGCAAUUGAAUGUAGCUAGUAGUGAAGAUGGUAUGGAUAUUGUGUUUGCAUACGUUGAUGAGGUCAAGAAGGAUUUUGAAGAAUUCAUAAACAACUUUCAUAAAGAAAUUGACAAUAUUACGCAUACGGCUACGUGA